CAAAUCGCAUGUGGGUACCAGUCUUACAAAUUGUCAACAUGGAAGACGAUGCUCCUGUAAUAUAUGGCUUGGAGUUUCAGGCCAGAGCGCUGACUGCACAGGUUGCAGAAUCUGAGGUCAUUAGAUUCCUGGUCGGGACUCAGUCAUUGAAAAAUGAAAAUCAGGUUCAUUUGCUUGAAUUUGAUGAUGACAACAAUAUCCUCAACAAGACAGUGUUCCUGCACAAAGAUGGUGAAAUAUGGCACAUCAGCUCCAGCCCAGCCAACAAAAGCAUCCUGACCACGUGCUACAAUAAAAUCAUAGAUAGCAAGAUCUCCACCUGUGCUGCUCUCUGGCGCAUCCCCUCGGAUGCUGACCCUUCUGAUCAAGACCAAGAGAUUCAGGAUGACUCAAGUGCAUACGCCAGGCCGCUGGAGGUGCUGUGUCGCUUGGACAAUAGCGACAUCGGCAACUUCAUCAGUGUUUUAUGGGAGCCACAGGGAGAUGGUAGCAAAGUUCUCUCGGUAUCUGAUGGCCAUCUGACACAGUGGGAUAUAGAAGCCAGUGGCAGUGAGGCCAAGGUUUCCAGCUCUGCUGCUCUGGAGAGCAAAGGUCACCCCAAGUUCAGCGCAGGUCGCUGGAACCCACACCACAACAACACGCAGGCAGCUACAGCUAAUGACACCACGAUACGAGGCUGGGACCUCCGAACAAUGAAACAGUGCUAUACAAUCGAGAACGCCCAUGGCCAACUAGUGAGGGACCUUGACUUCAACCCCAACAAGCAGUACUACCUGGCCAGCUGCGGUGACGACUGCAAGGUGAAAUUCUGGGACGUCCGCAACACCGAGUUGCCGGUGCUGACUCUCACAGAUCACUCCCACUGGGUGUGGAGCGUAAGGUACAACCAGUUCCAUGACCAGCUAGUCUUAUCCUCCAGCAGUGAUAGCAGGGUCAUCCUAACCAACGCUGCCUCCAUCUCCUCUGAACCCUUUGGCCAUUUGGAUGAAGAGGAUGACGACAGCGAGAAAGAGGAUGAGGCAGAGACAAAACCCAAAGAACCAAUCAAAGACGGGCUGAUCGCCAACUACGAGGAACAUGAGGACAGUGUGUAUGCUGCAGAGUGGUCAACGGUGGAUCCCUGGCUCUUUGCUUCGCUGAGCUACGACGGCAGACUGGUCAUCAACAGGGUCCCCAAGGCUGAGAAAUAUAAAAUACUAUUAUGAUGGGAAUAUAUAGAAAAGAAUUAUGAAUGUAAAAAUGUAGAAUUGAAUAAUGGUUUAUAGCAACUGGACUUGCUGACAAUGCACCUGCAGUCCUGAAGCAACUGUCGGCCAUCUUUGUUCCCCCAUGACACACUCAUACAUACUUUUUUUCUUCAAAGUUUGAGACUGCUGUUGAUUAUUCGAACAUGUUCCUGUGUACAGAAUACAUAAAGUAGGUGUGGUUUCAAAGAUCAAGACCUGCUGGGGGGGGAUGCCCCUCCCCUAUUUUCUAUCAUUACCCCUUUACUAUAGCCUAUAGAAGUAGUCUCUAAGAGCCUACCUAGGGGCCGUAUUCACAAAACUCAAACAUAAGAGAAUAAUUCAGUCACAUUUAAAUCUAAGCAUCCUGCUAACUUAAGAGGGGUGCUAUCUUAGUGCUCAACGUUUGAGAGGGCUGUCACACAUUUACUUCAAAUUCCCUUUUUCAAUAAUUUGAUAUUGACAAGAUUUCCCAAAGCCCCUAGAAAGUCCAAUUUUGUGCCUAAAAAUUACAAGUCAACAGACAGAAAUACAUGUAGUGCCGACUUGCUUUUUAUGUUUUGUGAAUACCGCUCCUGGAAUGCAUCCAAGGCAUCUGACUUGGAAAUUGUAAGGACUGGUCUCAACUCGAUUGUGUAUAUUUUAUUGUUACAUUGUAUAUAAAUCGUAAAUGAAUGUAUACAGAUGAAAAAAAAAUCCCCAAUAAAUUAUUGAUUAAACAUGUAAAUAAUGUA